AGUAGUUCCCUUCCUCCUUUCAAAAUCAAACCAAAAGACAAUUAAUAAAAAAGACAGGAAGCUCCUCUGUCUGUCUUUGACCUCAACUUUCUUCCCCAAAUGAUAUACUACUCCGUAUUAACUACUUGGAGGAAUUGGCAACAACACUGAUGGCUAAAAUUUCCACUCUUUCACAGAUAGAUUCAGUCCAGAGAGAGACCAGACCAAGAGGGCUGUGUUGUUAAAUGCAGACAAACACGGGUUGUUCAAUGGCGCCGUCUUCAUGGAUGCGCUCUCUCUUCUCUCCCUCCAAGAAUUGGUUUUCCGCUCAACCUAUCAAAGCCCUCUCCACACGCCUUCGCGAUCAUGGGUUUUCUUUGGGUGAUCUCCUAAGGGCCAGGCGAGUAAAAGAGCAGGCAACAAAUGUCUUGUUUAACAAGAUUUCUUUACUUCUUCAAAAGGAGGAGAAUAAUUUGAGGACUGAGGCAUUACCCAGGCUUCAAGAAGUGGAAGGGAUCUUAGGGUACACUUUUAAGAAUUCAGAUUUAUUAGAGGAAGCCUUUACGCAUGCUUCGUACCAGGAAAAAUGUUUAUCAUAUGAGCGACUUGAGUAUGUGGGGGACUCCGUAUUGAAUAUUUUGAUCACGAAAGAGCAGUAUUUCUUGUAUCCAAACUUUCCACCAGGGGCGCUGAGUUCUCUCCGUUCAGCCAAUGUGGACACAGAGAAGCUUGCACGUGUUGCUGUCAAGAAUAAGUUGCACAAAUAUUUACGGCUUAGACAACCUGUGCUUCGUAAACAAAUAGGAGAUUUUGUCGCUGCUCUUCCAAAGUAUCCUUUGCAUUCCAAUGGACUGAUCGAUGCUCCAAAAGUCCUUGCUGAUGUUGUUGAAUCCACGAUUGGGGCCAUAUUCAUCGAUAGCAAUUCUUCACUUGAAACCACUUGGGAGGUAGCUAAAGGGCUCUUGCAACCUAUAAUCACUCCGGAAGUGCUACAAACACAUCCUGUAAAGAAGCUUUACGAGACUUGCCAAAAGCACGGAUUGAAACUACAACUGGUUGAUCUGUGGUCGAAAGAAGGUGCUUACGAAGUCAUUGUGGAUAAGAAUCUUAAGGGAAGAGGUAAGUGUCGUGCCAAGAAGGAAGUUGCACUUAACAGAGCUGCAAAUAAUGCAUACAUUAAAGUUGUGACAAAACUGGGGUUGAAACAGUAGCGGUGGCUAAAUGGCCAUUGCAAAGUAGAAAUUCAAUAAAUGAAUCAUACUUUUUUGGUGUGUGUUGUCCAUUUUCUCAGGAAGUAGAAAAUUCAACUCCCAGAUCACUUGAAUCUUCGUUAAUCUAUGAGAUAUUCAACGGUACUAUUGACAUA